AUGAAGGGCUGUGGGUUGUGGAAAGGGGAUGAGGGCAAACCGAGGGUCCCUGUGAGAACCUCUGACCGCUCCGGCCGGAGCCGAGUUCCACUACCACCGGAUGCGCUGGCCAAUCUUCAAAGCGACCUGGUCCAGCUGAGUGGCUGGUUCGGCGUCCAGGCAGAAGUGUUUCACGUCGGCGAGGAGCUGAAGGUGAAUCUGCAGAGAAGACAGCUGGCUGCAGAGACCGCCGAGGGAGCAGAGUGGAUCCGGCACCUUGGAUCCAUGCUGGACCGCUAUGCGGAGGAGCUGGGUUAUGUGUGCUACUUCUGCUCAGAGCGGUUUACUGCUGCGGCGGCGAACACUCGAUGUGGAUGGAACCAGCCUACCUCCCCCUCCGGUAGAGCCUUGUCUCCGGACAGACGGGUACCACAGCAUCUGUCGGGUUCAGGCGCGCACUUCUGGGUGCCUUUGCCAUCACCUGCAAGUGCUGCAGCAGCAGCUGCUGUUGCAGGUACUGGGCCAGAUUUCCGUGAGCACCAUGCCUUCCAGCAGCACUGGGCCAGCGCGCAGGUACCGCUGCCGCCGCCGCCACCGCCACCGUGGGUCGAGUUUCCGGAGGCUUGGGCCCCACCUCCUCCGCAGGUGAGUUCAGGCUCGCGUGCAGCAUCUCCAAGUGCCACAAGGUACGGAGGACAGUCUUUUGCGGGGCCCACCGCACCGAGGCGGGAGCUGGCGGCUUUCGGUCAAGCAGGACCUGGAGGAGCUGGAGAUGUACCCGUCCCAGUCAGCCGUGGUCCGGCUGCCUUCGUUGAGCGACGUUGUGGCGGCGGGGGCCCGCUGCCUGUUGCCGAGGCAAGAAGUGGCGACUUGCUUGCUGUCUUGCGAGGGCGAGAGGAAGCCGAAGGCUUUGCUCUGGUUUGA